CUUUCAGCCCCCGCUUGAUUCCCCAAUCGCGUCGCGCCCCCCCUGCCUCCCCCCGCUAUACUCUCCUCCAAUCCAAAUCGCCGCCUCCCCACCCCCAGCCAAUCCGGUCUCGGCGUCACCUCCUGUCGGCGGUGGCGGCGAUGGCGGGACCCAGGAGCCCGGUCGCGUAGCGAUCGGCGCGGCGGGAGCGUGUCUGCGUGGGGGAGGUGUUGGUGCUGCGGGUGUUUGAAGGAUUCGAGUCCCGGCGAUCGCCGGCGGGGGGGGGGGGCGGGAUGGACGCCGAGGGCCGGCUCCGGCGCGCGCUGGCCGCCUUCGGGGGCGGGGUUGAGGGCGUGUGGGAGCUCGUGGACGCGGCGCUCGCCUCGGCGCCGCCCGCCGAGCUCCGCGCGCGCCGCGACGGCAUCGUGGAGCGGCUCUACGCCGCCGGGUCCCGGUGCCGCAACUGCGACGCCGUCCCGCAGCUGGCGCGUCAGCCGGCUGCGGCGGCGGCGGCGGCGUUGUCUCCGGAGGAGGACGCGGACGUGGACGGGCUCGGCGAGGACGAGGAGGAGGCCGACGACGACGAGGCCGCCGGCGCCGAGAGCAAGAUCCUGGCCAUCAGGGACUUCUUGGAGGACCCCGACCAGUCGGAGGACGAGCUGGUGAGCUUGCUUCAGAACCUGGCAGACAUGGACAUCACCUACAAGGCUCUCCAGGACACAGACAUCGGCCGGCAUGUGAAUAGCCUGCGCAAGCACCCAUCAGGAGAAGUCCGGCAGUUGGUGAAGCUGCUCGUCAGGAAAUGGAAAGAAAUAGUGGAUGGCUGGGUGCGGCUCCACAACUCCGGUGGUGAUGGUGGCAGCUCAAUCCUAACUGAUGGUGACUCACCCGAGAAGACCCAAGGCAAAAGCUACCAAAAUGCUCAGGUUUCGGACUUCAAGUAUUCGCCCAGCCCCCAGAGGCACAAUGGUUUGAGUUCAGACAGGUCUAGCAAUAACAAUGGUUUCGAGACGACAAUGGAGAGGCAUAGAGCAAGCCCUGCGCCCUCAUAUAAUCAGACGAAGCAGAACAGCAGCAAUAACUAUUCAACUACGUCAUCUGCUCCACCUAGGACGAUGAGGGAGCAGAAGGAUAAUAAUUUGGAUCUUGAGAAGCUCGACUCUGCCAGAAAGAGGCUUCAUGAAAAUUACCAGGAAGCACAAAACGCGAAAAAACAGAGGACAAUGCAAGUGCUGGACAUCCACGACAUACCCAAGCCAAAAAAUAGGAACACCUUCAUCCGCAAAGGCGGCGGAGGCGGCCUCCCUGGAAGACAUCGGUGACAAGUCCCCGACAUGUGGCGAGCAUGCAAAAAAUCUUUAGCAGACCUGACGAAGGUCAAAAUGGAAAAUAAACUGCGAAUACGACAGGGUCUAUGUCUUUUUUUGUUUCAGUAUCCUUACUAUCGUCAUUAUCAUGGCUGUGCCAGUCCAUAGUCCAAGUAAACUUUUGCCCAGCACAUCAGGCUGCGCUUGUGGUUUUCUCAUUCUGAAGAAAAAAGAAAAGAAAACCAAGGUUAAAUCAUAUAUUAUUCCUAAUCUCUGCUGUAUCUUGUUCUUAAUUUUUUUUGGACAAGUUUGUUGAAUGUUUCCAGAACUUUUUAUACCGACUAUUUGGUGCUGAGCUCCUAUGUUCAACCAUUGUAUUAUUUUCCCUGAUUUCGUCGCUUGCUGUAAAGUGUAAAUACAUACUCCUAACGAUAAGAUUGCUGAAAAUUAUAGAA